AUGGACCAUCAUGAUGCUACUCACCUUGAUAUUGGUGACUCGCUGUUCGAUAGUGACGAUGGUCCGCCGUUUGUUGAGAAAGGCACUCCCCUUAUCAACAUCUGGAAGUAUUUCAAUCCCUGGGCCACGGACUGGGACUUCCAUCGCCGCUUUCUGAGCAUUCUCAACGAUAGCGAGGAUAAGCCUAAGGGGGUCACCUAUGUGCUUAUCGACGAAGCCUAUAAUCCGCAGUGGCGUCAAGAGAACGUUUUCUACGCUAGGGCCAGGCUCCAUCAAUUGCCCGACUAUGCCGAGAACAAAGCUUUGCUCGUCGAACAGCACACGGAGCCGAGUGUUGCGGAACUUGAGCGUCGAAUGUGUGCUCUCCUGACAGAGAACACUGAUUUCAGGCGCUACGGACUCGAAGACGGCCCUGACAUGGAAAUUCAGGACGAGUAUGGCAACUGCGCCGGUAUGCUCAUCCCUGGAGAGUGGAUGCCCCGGUCCUAUGAGCUGCCCGAGAUGGCCUGGGUAGACACACCUCCCGUCAAAUAUGUUCCGGCCAAAGAGGAGGCCAUUGCCGUCUUUUCGUGCCCCCGCUCCGUGGAACACGGACUCUACUGGGUUGGCUGGUUUGUCAUUGCCGAGAUCGAGCUCUUCGCCGCGCAAUCUCUUGCCCUCUCCACCAGGGCCCGCGACAAGAAGUGGAAUCCCGAUCUCAAUCGCGACUGGGCUGCCAUAAAGCUGCGCAAACUCCACAAGGGCGAUAACCUGUGGGCCCCGGCGCCGGCAAUUGAGGGCCUGAUCGACGCGGACUAUUACACCGACUCUGAGGCGGAGAGCUUCGAGGUGGAAGUUGACGACGUCUCCUUGGAGGAAGCUGAUGUGGCUGUGGAGGACAGUGAGGACACUUGCAUGGUUGAGUGA